GAGCUGUUGGUCCUCGCCAGUCGUGCCAUAAAGAUCGAUUUCGACGGGGAAAUAAACAAGGAGAGAAAGGAAACACCUGUUCGUGUCCGCACGAGUAUUGUCAUCGGUGCGGCAGGCACUUUUUCGAAAUUCAGGUAGGAUGCAAAGAUUUCUUUCGAUAAGAUUCACUCGCUUGCUUUAUGGACUGCGAGAUAAAGCAUUUUAUUGAUGGGACGAUAUCUCGCGAUCAUUGCUUUUCAAUUUAUUUAUUAAUUGAUCUCUCUUGCAUAAGAACGCGUAAGAGCAAUUUAUUUUUAUAAUUUGCUUAAUAAUUCGAUACACACUCGUUUAUACGUUAUCCAAUGUUGAUAUCGACACAUUUGACUCUAUCCAUAAAAAAAUAGGAUUCGAGUGAGAUACGGCCUUUCAGUCACGCUUAAGAUAUUAAGCUACUGCUUGCGAUACUUGCAUAGGUAUGUACAUUAACAAUACGAAACAAUAAGCACUCGACAGUCGUGUGUACAGGUUAUAAGAAGCCUAACUGAUCCGUAGCGUUUGAUACGCACGUAUAACCAACAAAAUAAGCUUUUAUCUCGUUUCUUUCGAAAGUAUAAUAGUAGUAUUUCCCUAUUAGGUUCAGCGAGAGUAAAUGACAGCUUAAAAUUACUCGUGCAAAUUUCACUUUGUUAUUACGUUUUUUUGUACGCUGUUUUCGACGACUUCCCUGCGUUCUCUCCAAUCUCCAAUAAACAAUGAUAAAUAGGCAAAAAACGGGAAUUUCAAAAGAUUAAUAAUAAAUCCAAUCGAUAAUUCAUUUGGCUGAUGCUAAAGUGCAAUUUUGGCUAAAUUAACGCAAUUUCGUUGAUCAAUUGUGAACGAAAAUUAACUAGUCGAUUAUCAUACGUAGGUAGCCGCGUAUAUAUAAGUACAUAUUAUGUACAUGUGAUCAUUUACACCUUUCGUACUCUCCACAGUCUCCCCCACCCCUCGCGACGAGUCUGAUAUUUUAUCCUAAUCCCCUCUAUACUCAGUCUCUCCAUAACAACGGAAGUAAGCGAGUAAACAGGGUUGUUAUCACAUUACCUGUGCGUACGCCGUUACGAGAAAUAGAAAAAUUAUCGCUCGAGUGAAAAUUCGAUAAAAAUAGGCGCUCGAACGACGUGUGACUUCGAAUUUACAAGUUUAUCGACAGCGAGAGAAAGAGAGCGAAGAAAUGGUGCAAAACUUUAUCGAGCCGUUUAACGUGGACGUGAUUAAAGUGACAAUCAAAGAUAAACCGGGACUGCCGAGACAAACAAGCGAGGAAAGCUUGAGGACGAUUUUCCAAGCGCUGAGGCAACACGCGCAACAAGAGGGCCGAAUACGAGAGUUAAGACUUGCCAUUGAAAAGAAAACGUCGUCGAGAACGCUCAAACGAUACUUCGAUGUUUGGUACAAUCGCGCGAUGACGAUGCGAAAAAUUGCCGAUUCCAGGCUGGACGUUAAGACGUUGAACGAGAGAAAGAUAGAGCUACUGGUAAGCGCGAUUGCCGAGAAGCAGAAGGAAAUAAUUGCCAUCAACGAGAAGCGGGACAAUCCUCUGAAAAGAUCCUCGAAAUCGAAAAGUGCUCCGCCUGCUGUGAUAAAUAAGAAAACGCAAGUCAAAGGCGUCAGAGCGAAGUCGAACGAUGUGCCUACUAAUAAAGCCUGCGUUCAGAAUAGACUCCAAGUUCAGAAGGUCAUUAUCGAAGAACAAAGGGCCAAGCUGGCCGAGCAGAGCAAGCGCAUUCAGGACAUGAAAUUGAAGGAGAUCGACAAGGAGACCAAAGAAACGAGUAAGCAGACCAUCAGUGUCGCUAAAAAGGCUUUGACUCAGUGCGAUCAGCGAACUAGGCGGAGCAUCAUUCAUCUGAUGAGAGAAGAGGGUUGCAGGGACGAAACUUUGACCGAGAUUCCACGAAUCCCGAGUCCACCGAGGUUUCUAAUGAGGAUGGAGGCACGUGCCGAAGCCAGAAAGCAGCGAUUGAAACAAGCCGAAGAGAUUCGGCAGCGCAAGAGAGAAGAGGAGAAAAAGAAGGAGGAGAUGAAUCGGCGAAAAGCCGAAGAGGAGGAACGUCUGCAACAGAUUCAAGCGAUGAAGAAUAUCAAAAAAAUUCGCAAAGAGCAAGAGGAGAGACGUCUGAAAGAAAUCCAGAAGAACCAGCACAUGGAAUAUCUUGCAGAUAGGUGCUAUAGGAGAUAUUUAUUCCGCCGAUACGUCUUGGAGCCGCUGAAUAAACUCGUGGAGGAGAGGUACAAGCGUUUGCAGAGAGCCGACCAACACUACGUGGAAACGAUAUUGACGAAAACGUUUCUCGCCUGGAAAGAGGAGUGGAUGGAGCAACAAAAGGCCAAACUGGAAUUGGCCAACAAAAUGCAUCGCCACAAUCUUCUGUGGUACGCCUUCGACGAUUGGAAGACUUUCGCUUUGAGUAUAAAGCUCAAGUAUCAAGUUGCCACGGAUUUUUCCGACAUGAAGAUACAAGCGAAGUACGUAAAAGUUUGGCAAGCGCUUUGUGCCGAGCUUAGAAAGAAAAUGAAGGAAAAAGAAGCGGUAGCUAUCAAACGUCACGAAGAUCGUUUGAAAUUAAUUUAUUUCACGAUGUGGAAGCAGUACACGUCGAUGUCGGAAGACAUAAAGGAGAGAGAGCAACGAAGAGACGAGUGGAGAGAUUUGAUAAAAAAAUUCAUACCCGACUCGCCGAGCCCGAAAAGGUCCUUGGACAUUGCGAGCUGAGGUGUUUCAAAUGCAAACAUCCAAAGUAUUUUUAAAACAUAGUUAAUUGUUUAUUAAAUAGUAUUAUUUAGAAUAUCGAUGUACGUGUAUUUUUAUAAAUUUUACGCUACUAUUGUACAAGUAACAGUCAUUGACACCUUUCUUACACAACGCGUUAUUGGCUGAAUUCGCCAGUCAGUAAUCACCGUUUGACAAUGUAAAUAAUACUAUAACCUUUUAAUUAUCACAGUUACAUUUACGGUAAUAAAAUUGCAUGUAUUGCAAAAAAAAAAA